UUGGCCGAGGCCGGAGCCACAGGAAGCGGCGCAGGGCUCGCUGAUUGGCCGCCGUUCUCUUUGUGUGCGUGCAGCUGGCGUCUGGGCUGCAUUUUGAAUGGUCUCGUACUGGAAGGCGAAGGUGUCCAUGGGCAGCACAGCAACAAAGGAGCCAGGAUGGUGUUAGUGCACGUCGGAUAUCUGGUUCUUCCCGUCUUCGGUUCGGUCAGAAGUAGAGGAGCACAUUUUAGCAGGCACCAGCAUAGUCAUGCUACCUCCUGCCGGCAUUUUCACCUGGCUGCUACGGCAACACCGCUGCCUGCUGAGUUCCCGCCCCCUCCCAUCGCCCCGCCUCAGUACCAGGAAGUCCCGCCCCCUUUCUUACCUCAAGCCUUACAGCAGCAAUACCUCAUCCAGCAACAGCUACUGCAGCGCAGACGCACACAGGAGCGAGUCCCGCUGAACACGCAUCGUUUACGCCCAGGAUAUGAAUAUGCUCCGCCCCUCCAUGUCCCUCAGCCAAUCCCACAGCAGCCCAGAUACCUGGCAGAAGGCACUGAUUGGGACCUAAGCGUGGAUGCAGGAGUGCCGUAUCAGUAUCCUCUGCAGCAGAUCCCUCAACCCUACCAGCAUUACCUGGCCUCUCCCAGAAUGCACCACCUCCCCAGGAACACCUCCUCCACCCAAGUGGUUGUCCAUGAGAUAAGAAAUUAUCCGUAUCCACAGCUCCACCUGCUGGCGCUGCAGAGCUUGAGUCCCAGCAGACACUCAUCUGCUGUUCGAGAGAGCUAUGAGGAGCUGCUACAGCUGGAGGAUCGACUGGGAAGCGUCAGCCGAGGGGCCAUACAGACCACCAUAGAGAGAUUCACCUUCCCCCACAAAUACAAGAAGCGGAAGCCGCUGGAUCUGAAGUUUUGUGAGAGUGAGGAAGAGUCGGAUGUGGAUGAGAAAUGCACCAUCUGCCUCUCCAUGCUGGAGGAUGGAGAAGAUGUCAGGCGGUUACCCUGUAUGCAUUUGUUCCAUCAGGUGUGUGUGGAUCAGUGGCUGGCCACCAGUAGGAAGUGUCCCAUCUGCAGAGUGGACAUCCAAACACAGCUCACCCCCGAGAGCUGAAACACACCCAGCGAAAUAACACACAUUAAUAAAUAACUCACACACACACAUGCUCUAUUUCACUCUUAUACAUCCACAGACAUUUCCAUCCACACACAAAAACACACACACACACUGUAUAUUACCUACACAUGUGUAUGAUGAGCCAUCCAACACACACUAAACACACACUCACACGCUUUACUGAGCCAAUGACGAUAACUGACACUACACACUCACACACACGUGCUGGUAGGAACUAAAGGGGUCUGUCGUGAGGAGUGAUUCUGUCUGUAGGGAAAUGGUGUGUGUCCGUAGCAUAGUGUGUGUAUUUGUGCAAUUCCUUAAGCCAUGAACUUUACUAAAGACCCUCAGCGUGCAUACAAUACACACACACACACACACACUUACACACUAAAUAUAAUAUAUACACGAUGGCGGAUAAGACAUUGUCAAAUCUAGCUGCUGGAGUGUGUGUGUGCGUGUGUGUGUUUCCACUGUAUUUCUGAUCUGCAAUACUGCUUUAGUCUUACACACUGGAGCUACUUCGGCUUGAGUGUGUGCGUUUGUGCGCUUGUUCACCAUUUUGGUGCGCGUAUGUGUGUUAAUAUUUUCAUGGGUUAUCGGCGCACGAUGGUGCAUGUAGAGAAGCCAAAAAAGAACACGCAACAACAAGAAAAAAAAAAACGAAAACACAAAAGCAACUCAUUUCCGAGACAGCAGGAGGAGGGCUGUUGUCUUACAAAAAAAAAAAAGUAGGCGGAGAAUGUCGUGAUUGGUGGAUUCGUGUAGAUAGGCGCAGUAGUAGUUGCAUGCAUCUGUGCUUGGGUUGUUGUUUCAAGGUACACCUGGAAGAGUGCGUGCGCGUGUGUGCGUGACUGCAUGGAUGUGUAUUAGCUCUUUUAAGCUGUGACGAUCCGUAACUUUAUCAGACUCAUGUAGCGCGUGCGUGUGUGUGUGUGUGCGCACGAGAGAGACCCUGCCAUGACCUUUGACCCUAAAUGCCUACUGAAAAAAGCACAUGUGAGCAUAGCUAAAGUGCCCGGCCUCACUCUGGUGCUGCGCUGCCAUGGUUACUGUAUUUAUUAUUGGUAUUUAAAACAUGCAGUAUUUGGAGGGGGCGGGGCUUGUGUGUGUCCAACGGUGUUCUUGUGUGACAGGUCUCCCCUCGUGGUUGCUAUGCUGGUUGCUAUGCUGUAUUGCUAGAACUACAAUGUAGAAUGUUGUGUGAUAGAGGACCAUCCGCCAACAGCACACAAGCAGGUCCGGACGGACGAGCAUGACGCCGAAAUUAUUCGUAUUUGGCCCGAAACAUACGCAGGUAGUUUUCUGUUUCAGCUCAAAUUUCAUGAAUCGUGCUGAGCAAGUUAAAGUUGACAUGUUUACAGCUAGCUACACAAACAAUAGCACAUCCGGUUUAAUGGUGCAGAUGUUUGAACACUGGCGCCCUAUUGAGCACUGAAGUUUGCAAAAAUGCACAUUAUGCAAUGCGUAUGUUUCUGGCCUUAGUUGUUGAUAGGAUUAAUCACUUUAAGUAGUUUUUAAGUUUAAUUUUAACAACUUGCAACAAGGAUAUAUUUUUUAUAUGGAUGGUUUUUUCCCCCAAAAUGUCUGGUUCAAUUUUGCUUGAUAUGUAAAUUUGGCAAAUUUCAGGGUCUGUUCAAAAUCUAGCAAUCUACCCUAUAUAAGCAGUUAACUAUGGAAGCUUGUUCCACUAUGGAAUAAAAAAAAUAAUAAAUAAACAGAGAUGUAAACUCAGAAUUCAGAGACUGAAUUGCAAUAUGUAAACUGGGAAUUGUGAGAGAAAAUCAUAAAUCAUAUGAUUUUGCCUGCAUUCUCCACCAAUUUUUGAAUACAAAAUACAUUCUGAGAUUGCCUUCUCUAUAAAGGAUAAUUUAAUUUUUUGUUCAAUUUUGCUUCAUUGUGACCCAAAAGUAAAUAAAAAUAAAACAUUUCAGUUUGAAACAAAGCUGUAUUCGUUUCAGCCAAUGAGCUGCAUUUUUGCCUGCGCAUUGGCUCCUCCCCCUGGUGUGUUGAUUGGCGGAUGAUGGCUCGUGUUGAUCGUUUACACAGGGUUAUGUCCAUUGAAAUGCCUUAAGUAUUUAACAAUCAUAAUUUAUUACUAACUGUAGAUAUCGUGGGUACGUAUUUAAUUUUGUAUAGUUUCAUUUUUUUUGCAAUGGAAUCAUAUUUUAUUUAUUUAGAAAUAACACAAAAUGAUUAAAACUCUUACCUCAUGUUUGAGUUGGUUUGCGGGAAUGCUUCGCAUGCGGUUGGUCGUGUUCGUGUGGGUGUUUUCUCCCUUUGGUGCUGUGACCUUACUGACAUUCCGCUUGCUGAUUGGUCAGACACGGCAGCGGAGUGGGAGUAUUAUGGGUUUUGAUUCGCUGUCCUGUUUGCACUCUUAGUUUUCCAAGGCCACCCUCUCACUGGCAUCAUUUUACCACUCUGGCGACCUUUGCAACACAAUCUUUCUCUCUUUCUCUACUCUUCUCUCUGGAAGUCUUUCUUAAUGUUUACAUGAUCUAUACCUCUCUCGUCUCAUGUCUGUCUACAGUCUGUCUUUCUCUGUUUAACCGUUUUAAUCUUGUUAAUGUUAUGUUUACAUCCUCUACUUGCUUUCUUUCUCUUUUCUCAUGCUUCUUUUCUUUAACAGUCUUAAAUUAUUAAUGUUUACAUUUCUCUCACUUUCUAAGGGUGUGUUGGAAAUUUAGUGAGCUGCCCUACAUAGGUAGUUACCUUCUAAGGCAGCAUGCUAACUGAAAAGAAACCUUUAAAGUGAUUGAUUUCAAACAAAGUACAUAGACAGCAACAAAUAUACAAAGUGCACAAGAGAUCUGACUUCAGAUACACUGGGAAAAAAUGUGUGUAAAAAUUAUUGAAAAAACAUUGAAUUAAACAUGAAAUAUUUAAGGAAAAAACUGGAAUAUUCUCUUGUUGUAAAGCAUACUUAAAUGUAAGUAAUGUAAAGGAUCAAUAAUGUGCGUUAUUUAUAACUUUUGUUUUUACAGUGUAGUGUUUCAUAUUAGAAUAUUGCUAAGCUAACAAAGCACUAUACUU